UCCAUACAAGUCAAUAAUGCGAAUACAGUCUCUUAUGACGCUUGUACAAUCGUCAAAAAAACAAGGAUAACGUAUGGAUUUAUGUGCAGAAAUAGUUUUUAAAAAGUUGUGUAGAGUAUACAUAUACGAUCACCGCUUUCUUUGUUUUCCUCUCCUCUCUAGAAACCCAAAUGAAUUAUUAUUAUUAUCUCCAUCCGUUUUAUUGUUAUCUCAGAUGCUCAUGUCGGAAUUCCCUCUUACUCCGGCCACUUGUUUAUUUUUCCGAUAAGAACAAGGAUUGUUGAGGAUAGUGGAUUAGAUAGUAGCUAUGGGGCGUUUCACAUCCAUGUUUAGUGGGCUAACAAGAUCGUUUUCCACAACAAAGAAAGUGAAGAGUUCAGGGGAUCACGGUGGAAAAGAGACAUCAGAAACCAUGGUAAAAGAUGCAAAGAAGAAGGAUUUGAUCUUAAGAUCUUCUGGCUGCAUUAACGUCCAUAAUUUGGCUUCUGUUUGCUCCAGAAGAGGCGAAAAGGGGGUAAAUCAAGAUUGUUGCAUCGUAUGGGAGGAAUUUGGAGGACAGGAAGAAAUGACGUUCUGUGGGAUUUUCGAUGGUCAUGGUUCAUGGGGACAUUACGUUGCAAAAAGAGUAUGUGAAUCGAUACCUUCAACAUUGCUAUGCAAUUGGCAAGAAGAGAUGAUGCAAGUCGAAGCUUCACUUGACUUACAACCUGUUAAAGUUAAAAAGCUCGACAGAUUCCAUGUAUGGAAGAAUUCUUUCAUAAGGACUUGUGCUUCUGUUGAUCACGAUCUACGAGAAUGCCGUAAAUUUGAUUCUUUUCAUAGUGGAACCACUGCUUUAGCUGUUGUUAAACAGGGUGAACUUCUAGUGAUAGCAAAUGUUGGGGAUUCACGUGCAGUACUGGCUACAACUAGCGAUGAUGGGUGCUUGGUACCAGUACAACUUACUGUUGAUUUCAAGCCAAAUCUACCUCAUGAGGCUGAGCGAAUAGUUGAAUGCAAAGGACGGGUUUUUUGUUUAGAAGAUGAGCCUGGUGUGCACCGGCUAUGGUUACCAAAUGAGGAGUCACCUGGUCUGGCUAUGUCAAGAGCCUUUGGUGACUAUUGUGUCAAAGAUUUUGGACUUAUAUCUGUGCCUCAAGUAACAGAAAGACGUAUAACUAGGAAAGACCAAUUUAUCGUGCUUGCUUCCGAUGGGGUGUGGGAUGUAGUUUCGAAUGAAGAAGCAGUGGAGAUCGUGUCGUCUACCGUUGACAAGGCUAAAUCGGCAAAACGAUUGGUGGAGUUUGCGGGGCGAGCCUGGAAACGGAAGAGGAAAGGGUUUGCAAGCGAUGAUAUCUCGGCUAUUUGUCUCUUUUUUAAUAAUGGUUCACCUUCAUCUCAGCAAAUUCAUCCUCUAGCUAGUAGCGACUCUUAACGAUUAUCUCAUGUAAAUCUUAAUGAGAUAUGGUUGUUCUUAUGGUGAUUCAAAGCAUUUUAUCCAAUUUCCUACAA